CUUGUCAGUAAUGCAAUGCAAAACUAAGUUUGCUGUCAAUCAAGUCGUUUGUUGCAGCUGUUCUCAGUUGAGUCAGUGUGAUUCUCAGACCACCGCAGAGGGUUUCUCCGAGCAGCUCUGUCGGGUUCAUCUGACUUAAAAAACGUGUUAAGUAUAACGAAUUUGAACUUUUUUUUUCCGCGUCGAUUCGUCCUUCUGACAUGCCGCGGUUUGUGGAGAACCCUUCUCACCUCUCUAAAUCUAGACUGAAGUCAGAUUUGGUAGCCCACAAUGUCGCGCUGCCACCUGCCAUGAGCAAAAAGGAGGUUUAUGUGGGGUUGCACUUGCAACACAUAGAUCACAAAAACGCGGCGGAUUUUUCUAGCGACGAGGAGGAUCAAGUAGGCCUACAAGAUGUGGCAGACAAGGAGGAGGAUACAGAGAUGCCCGACCCGAGUGGUUUGACUGAUGAUGACCUCAAGGCCGCACUGCUCGAACUCGGGGUUAAAGCUGGGCCCAUAGUCGCGUCCACCAGAGCUUUGUAUGAGAAGAAGCUAAGGAAACUGCUUCAGUCUAAUGGACAUGGCUGUCUGAAUGGAGUAGAGAAAGAUGAAUUAUACUCUGACAGUGAAGAAGAAGAGGAAGAAAAUGGGGAAGAGGAAGACAAAGAGUUGGGUUCCGAAGGAGAAAAAGAAGAGGCAGUUAAACAGUCAGACCAGGCAAAACAAGGGAGUAGCCAGGUAGAGUUGUGUUUUCAGAAUGGUGGUUUUGUUUACCCGCAGUGCUUUUUACUCUCAUCAAGGCUGCAUGCUCGUGCUUCUAGAAACAGUGAACCUAGUUCCAAGUGGAAUUCAGGGAAUGCGAUAGAAUCAUCAGAGCAGCGUCGGCCUCCCUGCUCACAGAUUCCCGUAGGAAUUAGUAGAGCAUCCUCUGUAGAUCAGCACUCGGGAUUAGGAUCAGGGUUUCCAUCUGGAUCACAAUCAGUUAUGCCCGAUGGUGAAUCAUCAAUUUCCUCUCAGGCCUUCAGCAUCACUCACAUGGUUGAGGAGAUGGAGAGUCGGAGGCCACUCUCUACUAGCUCAGACACUGAGAGAGAGUUGAAUGUGAGCAAUGUACAGAAACAUUGGUCGCGGUCCAACAGGCUGGACAUGCCAAUUGUGGACACCAUGAAGAACCAGUCCCUGUACUACACUCCCAAGGCAUCCCCUUAUAAAUGGAAAAUGAAGCUUACUCAGGAGCCUGUUAAGGAUACUUUUAAGGACAUGUUUCCAAACACUGAUGCCACGACCACAGGGAUCUACGCUACUCGUCGGAGACCUAUCAAGGGCGCAGCAGGGAGACCUGUCCAGUAUGCAUACCCAGACACUCCUGUCAGUCCCACGACCCUGGAAAAACGAGAGGUGGAGCGCCGCCUUGUGCCCAUUCAGAUACAGAUUUUGGUCUUCCUUAUUGUGACAUGCCUUCUGUACCUCAUUUAUGUCUGUGUUGAGGACAACUCAUUCGGUCCAUCUUUUGCCUUACUGGACAGUCUUUACCAAGGGUCAGACAGUGAGGAGGGGCUUUUGCUUCAGGCUGAGACACAGGACGUACCAGCACUCUCUGGACAGGAGUAACUCUGGGUUUUUUAAUCCUCUACAUUUUUUUUUUUUUGGUGAUGCAAACCAUAAUGCCCUUGUUCUGGGAUAUCUUCAUCUUAUAAUUGACUGUGUGUCUGUAUGGGAGCAAACCUCAAAGUCUAGUUUUACAGUUGUAUAUGUUUUUCUAAUCUGUGUAGUUUGCUAAACAUGGAAAUUAAGUUGAGACUUUAGAUUUUCUCAAAUGUAUUAAAAAUAAUGCUAUAUAUCUUAUAUAUUUCCUAACCCACAUUGUAUAAUGUCAUGGUGCCUUUUCAAUGAAUCUGUGUUGCUGUACGUAGCCUAUGUAUUUUUUUAAACAAUUUGAAUUUUCAAUAAAGGAUGUUUUGCUUCAUAGUUU